UGACGGAACAAAAGAAGCGUUUCUAUCGAAAAGUAAAACGAUUUCUAGAGUGCGUGGAAGUUUUCCCUACAUUAAGUGCCUCAUUGUGAAGAUUCGUUGUUCGAGGAAGGUGUCUAGAAAAUCCUUUGAAAUUGCUACUGGCAAAGAAAAAAUCCGACAAGAAAAUGUGGCAACUCUGCAGUGUCUGUGUGUGAUAUUAAUUUGGUCAUUGUCGCAGUAGUCGCUGAAAAGGAGUACUCGUUGGUCGGAGGCCAUUGCGUUGUCGAGACGACAAAAGUCAUUGACGGUGGAAGAGGAGAGAGCAAGGAACAAGGCAAACAGAACGACAAAAGUGUAUCAGCAGGAAAGAGCGAAAAGAAAGAAAAACUGGCCGUUUUAGGCGAUAGAAGAAAGCAUUUUUACUGGAGUUCACCAUUGAGUGACGGAAGUUGUGGAAACAGGAACAGGAAAAACUAGCUGAACAGGAAGACGGACAAUUUAAAUACGAUUCAGGACAUAGCUUGCAGUAAUAUGCAUACCAGAGUGGUCUUAUUUUGACAGCUGGCAGAACAAAACUGCAGUUUGGCUGCAAUAUAGCUUAAAGCGGUGCUAUUAAGACUGGGUAGAAACCUCAUUAUUUUUAUAGAACGACUGAAAUCCUCAAUACCUACAACGGCAUAACAUCUAGUUCCACAAAAUGGCCUGUGCAACACUAAAACGUUCGCUUGACUGGGAGAGUCUGAAUCAAAGACCAGCAAAGCGCCGGAGGUGCCAUCCAUUCGGCAGCCCCAGUAGCAGCAACGCCCAAAACAGUCCGUCAUCGUCUGCUUCCUCUUCCUCCUCGGGCAAUGCAAUGCGCGUGAUGGAGCCAAAGCCUUCGCCAUUUGUUGAUGCUGGCUGUUCCAAGCUGACCCCAGAAAAAAUGGCCCAAAACAUCACCGAAGAGAUCAAAAGACUGCACCGCCGGAAGCAGCUGACAUUCAACACUGGCAACAUGGAGCGCAUGCAGGACUCAGAAUCCAGCGGUUCCGAGAUGGGCCCAGACAGUCCCCGCAGACCGGACAGUCCGCCAAGUAUGGUCAAAAAUCCGGAGAAGGCACUCUUCACAUUCAAACAGGUACAAAUGAUCUGCGAGCGUAUGAUGAAGGAAAGAGAGGAUGCCUUGCGGGAGCAGUAUGAUGCCGUUUUGACCACCAAGCUAGCCGAACAGUACGACGCAUUUGUCAAAUUCACCUACGACCAAAUACAGAGACGCUACGAAGCGGCGCCAAGUUACCUCUCCUAAUCAGCUAGUUAUUUAAUAUCGUAACUGCAGAAAAAACACAACGUAGAAUGAUAUGCAUUCACGCAACACUAAAAUAGCAACACUACAACAAAACAAUACACACACAUGCAUCUAAAUGUUUAAAAUCCUGAUACCUAUGUCUUACUGAAUAGAGCUCUUCAUUUAUGUUGUACUAAAUUCUACUAGCCAUACAUACCUACUGAUCUAACACGAGAGAAAGGCAAGAAAUCCCAAUAGGGAUAAACACUCAAUCAGCAGCAGUAGUCUGAUAACGAGUAUUUGAUUGUAUUCUAAACAGUUCUUCAAGCAAGGUUGAAUUUUUUUUCGCUCGGUUUAUCGAUGUCGUUUAGUUACAUUAACGAACUAAUAAACUUAUGCAAUUAUAAAGCUUUACGUACUUCAAAGGACACGUACAACUGGUCGAGGCGCAGUGUUGCCCGUUUUCCGUUACUAAGUCCCAGUAGUUCCGUAACUGCUCAUCAUAUUCGAAGAAAGCAAAAAAACGCAAAUACUAACUGAUCGGUCUGGCCUAUCAAGAACAAGAAGGAUAAACUUUGUUGUUCUGUACACUUCUCAAUGAUGGAUUUUUUUGCUAUUCGUUUAUACUCGAUUUAUUACUUUGAAGAGAGUACCUAGUAGUAUAUUUUUAGUCCUUAAUUUUGGAUCUUAAACAAUCCAUAGCAAAAUUUAGUUCUAAGCGUUUUGUUUCGUUGAUGGUAUGAGUAUAAUGCUAAUUCUAUUUGUUUUUCCUUUUCCAUCUUUCUCAUUGAUUUUGUUUCCCUUCGCCAUUUCCCCCCACCAUAGUCAAUUUUGUUCAAUAAUUUCAACAUUUUGUUCUACUCUUGUGUAAAAAUAGUCGAUAGUUUGUUUUCUUUGUACAACAGUGUACUUUUGCAAUAAGCCUAACACCGAUUCCAUUAAAGAGUCACUUAGUUUUGUUGUUUCUGGAAAUAUGUAACCUAACUAAUAAUUGACUUUCGUGAUGCUUCCGGGAUAGCCACGCGAAAGGCGAAAAAAGUAAUUACAGUCAACAGGAGAUAUUUCAAAGAGGGGUAAAACUAAACAAAUUAUCUCAUUGAAUAGGGAAACUUGAUAAUACUAAUAGAAUACGAUGGUCAAAAACUAGUGGUAAAGCGAGCAAAAAACUAAGCAUAAUAAAUAGACAACACACAACAUAUACAUUUAUACAUAUGAAACUAUAUAUAUAUUUAUAUACAUAUAGACAAAAGCAUAACAAUUGUUUAAAGCUUAACCAUCUAGAAACCAGAAAACAACUAACUGACAAGAUGAGAUAGACAGAAGAAACAGUUCAUGUAAAGUUAAGUUUCUAUAUAAGUUAAGGUUAAAUUAAGGCGAGAGUAAAAAAGUUGGGGGAACCCGCAAGGAUCGUCAUUAUAUAUUAGUAUACAGAAUAAAAAAAGCAAAAGAUUGAGCGAAAAGAAAAUCGAAAAACACAAAAAUUAAGCUUAUAUUACGAACAGUGAGAUGAGUAAGUUAAAGAGUAAGCGUUUAUAUACAUAUGUUUUAUAUAAAACGAUGAAAAUGCAACAAAAUUAUUCUUCAAAUCACUAAA